AUGUGAUGUAUAGAAGAAAUGAAAAAACAAAACAAGACAAAAACCGGAUAAUGCUUUGAUAGGUCCGGAUUGCUGAGGCUCCCCUAAAAAAGGAAGGGAAAGGAAAAAACGUUGAGUAGCUUCGCGGUGAGUGGAUGAGGAUGGCUUUGCGGUGGGCGAUGGCGGUGUCCUCUCCUUAUUCUUCGCAAUCGCAUGCAGCAGAUGCGGUUCUUCCAAAGUUUUUCUGCUCGAAAACCCUCUACCAAUCUCACCGCUCUUUCACCUUUCCCCUUUAUUCAACGAACUGGUUCUUGUUGCCCCGCAAGACCUUCAGCUCUACUGCUAGGGUUGCCCCCUUCCGCUGCUUCUCUUCUGCCUUAACUCCUGAGCUAAAGAAUACUGUGGAUAAGGUGGUCAAAUCAAAUAAGGUGGUUCUUUUCAUGAAAGGAACUAAGGACUUUCCACAGUGUGGGUUUUCAAAUACUGUGGUGCAAAUUUUGAAUUCUUUGAAUGUUCCUUUUGAAACAAUAAACAUACUAGAGAAUGAAAUGCUACGUAUGGGUUUGAAGGAGUAUUCCAACUGGCCUACCUUUCCUCAACUUUAUAUUGAAGGAGAGUUUUUUGGGGGUUGCGACAUCACAGUUGAGGCAUAUAAAAAUGGGGAAUUGCAGGAACUAUUGGAGAAGGCAAUGUGCACCUGAUACUUACCUGCGUUGAAAAAGUGUGUUAUAGUUGUACUUGCUCGGAAUUGGAUAAUAACUUCUUGUCUUUGAUUUCUUUGGUUGGAGUGGAAAAACUUGUAGAAGUCUACUGAGCUUGUGGUUGUUUGCGUUGAUCUCACAUUUGAAUUAUACAAUAUACUUGCAGCUUAACUCUGUCUCUGCUUGCUGUUUGGAUAGCAAGAUAAAAGGAAUUAAGAUAGAAAACGCGUGGGCUAGGGGCAGAUCUUUGAAAUUUGAAUGGCAUAUCUACCUCUCCACUUUUGCUAGUGUUGCUACUAAUUUGAAUUUGAGUGGCUUUGAUUCAAAGUAUGAACAUAGAUUUAUGAAGUUCUAGAGAGAUAUUUUCGUAAUGGGUGUCUGGC